UAUACAUCAAAUCAAAUGGAUCAACGCGAACGCUACAGAUUGCUCUAUUGCAGAUCUAAACGUACCUACCUACCGAACGAACAGACUUCUUUUCUCUUCAUUGGCAACUUGGAUCUUUUAACCCCCAACGCAAAAACGACGGGUGUUAUAACAAAGCCUCAGUCUCCGACCGAGCCCUCGGCCCCCGGCCCCGUGACGGUGACGCCGGCGGGCGCGGUCCGCGGCUCGUGGAUGGACUCGCGGCUCGGGCGCCGCUUCCAGGCCUACCGCGGCAUCCGCUACGCGCAACCGCCCGUAGGAGAACUACGAUUCCAGCCACCAGUAGACAUGGAAGAGUACUCUUCAGAAGUAGACGCGAGUGAGGAGGGACCGGGUUGCCCACAACCAGAACGCCCGGGCAAGUAUCCCAUGGACGAGGACUGUUUGCGGCUCAACGUCUACACCCCGGAUAACAACAGUUCACGCAAAUUGCCAGUGGUGGUGUUCAUCCACCCGGGUGGCUUCUACUCGUUCGCGGGUCGCUCCGACCUCUUCGGCCCACACUAUCUGCUAGAUCGCGACUUGGUGCUUGUCACUCUCAACUACCGCCUUGCGUCUCUCGGUUUCCUGGCUACUGGUGACGCAGUAGCUCCCGGUAACAACGGCUACAAAGACCAAGUUUCGGCGCUCCGCUGGGUACAGCGCAAUAUAGCUGCUUUUGGCGGUGAUCCCAACAAGGUCACCAUCUCGGGAUGCAGUGCCGGCUCUAGAAGCGUCAUACUUCAUAUGAUAUCGCCCAUGUCUAAAGGCUUAUUUCACCAAGGAAUCGCGAUGUCAGGCUCCCCAGUCGGAAAGGUGGCCGUGCCAACGCAACAGUUCGAGCUGGCACAGAAGCAGGCUGCUCUACUCAACUGCCCCACUAACACUUCACGUGCCAUCGUCGAUUGUCUAAAAACCAAGACCUGGCAGGAGAUUGGCAAUUCGCUGAACGGCUUUUGGAGUGGAAGCUCAGAUGCAGUAAGUUUUUGGACGGCCAUCGUGGAACCUGAUGUGGGGCAGCCUCGUUUCCUCCCAGUGCAACCUGACGAGGCUGUGCGGCAGGGCCAAUUUCAAGCCGUGCCACUGCUUAUUAGCCAAACCGAGGGCGAGUUCUUUUGGAAGGCAUUUGCUGUGACCCAGAACCAAACGCGACGAGACCUCAUGAACAGUGAAUGGGAGACGAUCGCCCCAGAAUCGUUCUCGCUACCUGAAGAAAACUCCGCGGCGGCCAGUCACCGUCUCAGACAGGCGUAUUUAGACGACAAGCCGAUAGAAGACACGCCUGAAAGCAGCGAGGCCCUUGGCAAGCUGUAUGGAGACAGCUGGAUUGGACUGAAUGUGCAUAGAAUGGCAAACCUGCUGUGCCGCCACUCUUCACAACCCGUGUGGUACAGUGCCUUUAGUUACGUCGGCAACAACAGCUUUUACCAAGAUCCGACCACCCAUAAACCCAGAGGUGCGGCGCACCACGACGACACGAUCUACGUAUUCUCACAGAGCUACCUGCGGCCGCCCAUCCAGGCGCGCUCGCCACCGCCGCCCGCGCCGCAGGACCAUCUCAUGGUGGAGCGCAUGACCGCCAUCUGGUACACCUUCGCUAAAUAUGGGGACCCGAACCCUCGUGAAGGCGAGUUACCGGAGCUGUCCUCGCUGCACUGGCCAGCUAUGAAGCCCGAGGACAGGAAGUACCUGAAGGUGGACCGCCAGUUCUCCGUGCACGAGAAACUGCACGAGGACCGGCUGCAAGUCUGGGACGAGAUCUAUCCUAUGCAGUACUAAACCUCAUAUAUUCAAUUGUACCUAUGCAAUUGUUUUGAUACUUAAAACAUUUUUUCUAUGUACCUACUUUUAUUUGUUUAACAAAGCGGUAACUAGAGCCGCUUUCAAAAAUUAGUUCAUGAUUUUCGCCUUUCAUAAUAUAGGUAGUUUAAAAAAAAUAUGAAUAUGAGAUUACGUCAUUGAGAGUUGUAAGUAGAGUUUCUUGGUCCUAAGCAUUGUAACGCCUGUCUUAUUGUGAAUAGCAAGAUUCCUCUAGUACUGCAUAAAAUGAUUACGUGUGUACAGGUCUA